AUGUCGUUCGACUGGUUCGCUCUCUACCGCACCCGCAAUGUCAACACCGACGUGCAAGAAGCUAUCGGCUCACUCAAAGACGACCUCACCGCCUCCGACCACAAAACUAUUAAGUCCGCGUACAGAAAUUACAAAGAACGCGUCUACAUUAGUGCCUUCGUAGGCUUAGGUCUAGGCGUAUACACAGCAUACAGAUUCCGCCAGAGAAGAUGGCGCGCUUACCACGCUGCUCUUAAGACUGCUACAGAUCUCCUCCGACACAUAAAACCCUAUGACAAGAGAAACAGACCUGCCGUAGUCAUCCGACCCUCAUACCUCGGCGAUCUUGCUACGUACCUCGCCCUUGGCGGCUUCGGGCUGGAUUUUGGGGGUGAAAUUGGGGUUACUAUAGCCGACAGGAGGGUUGGUAGAAUAAUCACAGAGGACGUCGAGUGCACAGAGAGGAUUACUCAAAGCUCAAAGAAGGCGAAAGUGGAGGUGUUGAGAGUGGUUGCAGACCUAAUGAAGCAGGAGGCGGACAUGCUGGAGGAACAGAAAGAGCCAGGGAACGUCGCUGUGGAUGAGGGGGUGAAUUCUCAGAGAUCUCAAAACCACAAAGAGGGUGCCAUCCUACCAGUACGGGUCGAGGACUAUGAGAAUGAUGCCAAUGGGCACAAGUCGACUACUGGGAGAAGCGUAACCUCUAGAGCAACGGUGUACAAGCGACUGGAAGGCUCGCAUGACGAAGAGAAAACGGGCUCGGAUCAGGCGGUGGAGAAGAUUUUGGCGCUUGUUAGUAAGGGCGCUGCCAUUGCUGAAAAUAAUGCACAGCUUCCGUUCUCGGAAGAUUGGAAGCUGUACGUUUCUGAUGUUCCAUAUGACGUUAGCAUCAGGGAAGGUGAUAGCAUCCUUCCCAAACUGGAAAAUCCGGCUGCCAGUGCCGAACAGGUGCUAUAUCAGCUCGCCAGCCCAAGAGCAGGAACAGCAAUUCUGCAAAGCUCGAAGCAAUAUACACGACCUCGUAACGCUGUACUCGUCAUAGUAUCCGUCGCGAGUCAUGGCCAAAAUCGUACCAAGUCGAUCUUCCGUCUUGCGAGCAAAUGCUUGGGCAUUGCUAUCUUCGUCGUCGGCACCGCUAUUUUUGCUUCUGCACAAUUACUCGCGCUACCUGUUGCCGUGACGGUCUUGACGUUGAUUCUGGCUGCUGGGGUUGGAUCACGCGCCAUAAACGGAUGGAUUGUCUCCGGUGUUAGUAAAACGGAGCCAUUGAUACAUGUGAUAGUGAACACAACUCAGGAAGCACAACAAGUGAUUGCUCGGAUCCUCUCAAUUGACAGAUAUGACGAUCAAGUGCUUGGCGAAGGCAAAGUUCGGAAAAUCCAGGUUGAGCUAGGGGGCCAUGUAUUCGUCAACCAACGCCGUGUUGGCUCUCGAUCUACCUUGUGGCUUCGGGGGCUGGGUGUUCUGGCUGAGCCUUUCGAUCUGAGGAGAAUCGAUCGCUCCGAAUCUUUCCGAACCCCGAUGCAAGAGAGUACAGAUCGGAGCGAGCUCGAAUUCGGCUUGUUAAAUAGCCGUUCAAAUUGA